CCCCUCUAAUUUUCUCUCCCCCGACACUUGUUUAUUCGGCACACUUAUUCAUCAUACGUGGCUCAAGCAAUUUUGGUUCGAGCCAUUCUUGUUCGAGCCGCGCGCUUCCUGGGGUGAAUGAGCCUUCAUGGGUCCAUGGUGCCCGUGACGGCCAGAUGGCCACUCGGAGUGACUUCCAAGAACUCCUUCUUGGAUUGCCCUGCGCCCUGGACCGACAACGUGACCGUCGGCGAGCGCCCCAAGUCGGACCCCACCUCUGACCGCCCCUCGUUCUCAGCGUCAGAUCGGUCACACAGCGGAGAUGUCCACUGCCCGAGUGGGGAAGGCCGUCGGGCGACGGAGGAGGGCGCCGGGCAACAGUCGGACAAGGAUGGGGACGGCAGCUCUCCGAGGUCGGGCGCGGGCAUUUCCGGAAACCAUCAGGUGAUCAGCAGGUCGCAGCGGCGUCGCAUGCAGCGCAUCGCCAAGAACAACUAUUUUGAGACCGUGAGCUCCGCCUCUACGCCGAUCGCGCACUCCUCGGGCUCAGGCGUCUCCAGAGAGCACGUCGCGACUGACAGCUCGAACGCCAUCCAGAUUGGUACCAAGAUCUCUCUGUGAUUGCCUCUGGGGCGGUGAGGGUACAAGUGGACCAUGGCAGGUCCUAUUUCGUUUGCAUUUCGGGUCUGCAGCCGUUUUCCUCACAUCAGGUCGGAAACUACGAUUUCGGGGAAUUUCGUUCGAUCUGAUGUUUCUUAUUCAUUUCAGGUCUGCAGCCGUUGCCCUCAGAUCAGGUGGGAUUGUCCCGCCGCGGGGAGCCGCACGCUGCAGCGCAAUCCAUCAUCUCAGCUAUUUUUGCAUGUGCCUAGCCCUUCUGUAAGGGUUUCUAAGCUAGGGGGGCCCUGGCGGAAGGAGGGGGGGGCUUCGAAGCUAUCCCCCCCCC